UCUGACUUUACCGUAACUUCAAGCUAAAGCACUGUGAAAAUUGUGAAUUUGCAUACGAUGAAACCACCACAAAAAUUGUGCAGAGCAUUGAGAACAAUUGUUUGCAAAGACAUUUUGGUACAGAAGAACAGGAAAAUUUCUUGGCGAACGUAAGAUGAAUAAGAAGGCCUUUUUAGAGAUCCAUUUGGAUUGAUACAGAGAAGAAACAAGAAAAUGCCAAACAAACCCCGGACACAUGACUUGACCCUGUGGUUGCAUUAAUUAGACGGUCAGGAUUGUCUGUUGUUCCCCUGCAACAUUAACAAAGAAAUGAGGUCGCUCAAAAUUGUGAAGAAGCGCAGAGGGAGAGAGAAACAGUGAGGCGAAACAAUGGAGGACGAGAAAGAUAAUCCACCAUCUUCAUUAUCAUCUAUGCCGUCUCUAAGGUGGGGAAUUCUUCGAAAGGCAUUUCUCUCUGGAAAUAAUUCUUCACACACAGAUAGUACAACAACAUCUGAAAUGGGAGAAAAGCUUAAGCUUAUAUCUAGGAAGACAGGACAGGGUUUUAACUUGAUCAAAUCUCAAAUCAUUAACAACAACAAGAUAACAUCAACACUAGAAGAACCACAAUUGGGUGAUAAAUCCAACAACGUUUAUGUCUCGUAUACAUUACCAUUGGACACAGCUCCGACGCUUAUUAUGAGCCAAAGAGUUGAGAACCAUGUCAGCCUCAAUGAUUUUGAGAUAUGUAACAAAUAUAACAUUGACAAUACCGGACUUGUUUGUAAUUGGCCAUCAGAAGAUGUUCUUGCGUACUUUUGCUUGACUCAUGCAGAUAAAUUCAGAUCCAAAAGAAUAAUCGAGCUUGGAGCUGGCUAUGGAUUGGCUGGGUUAGUCAUUGCGGCUGCUACCGAUGCAUCAGAGGUAGUAAUAUCUGAUGGGAAUCCUCAAGUAGUCGAUUGUAUUCAGCGCAAUAUAAAUUCCAACUCUGCAGCAUUUGCUGAUACAAAAGUGAAGUCUAUGAUAUUGCACUGGAAUCAGGAGCAAGUUCCAGAAGUCAUGGACACCUUUGAUAUCAUCGUGGCCAGUGACUGCACCUUCUUCAAAGAGUUCCAUGAAGGCCUAGCCAAAACAGUCAGGGCCUUGCUAAGAUCAUCAAAGGAUUCUGAAGCAAUAUUUUUGAGCCCCAAAAGAGGGAAUUCGUUGGACAAGUUUCUAGAGAAAGUCAAUGAGAUUGGGAUGCAUUACAGCAUAACUGAAAACUACGACAAUGAAGUCUGGCAGCAUCAUCAAAAAUUUCUUCAUGGCGAUGACUCCUGGCCCAACUACGAAAAGGAUCACUCCUACCCAUUGCUGGUAAGGAUAACAUUCUAGACUAAACUGGUCCACUUUUAUAUAUAUCAGAAACAUUUUCCUUGUCAAGUCAAAGUUGAGUCUGAUAUCCAGGUUGUUUUAUCACUUGGAGUUCACCAAUGCUUCAGGCCUGGGCCCUUUAUGUUUUCAGGGAUACAUCACCAUAGAAUUUACUUUAAGCACUGAUUUAUCAUCUUUGCCUAGUGGCUGGUGGGUCCUUGAAAAAACUUGCCCCCACUUUGCUCACCAUACAUGAAUUCAAUGGUUUCUUAUUCAUGUAAAGCCAUUUAGCAAUUUAAAGUUCAUCAAAUUAGAAGAAAGAAGUAUUUUAGUAACUGUCUUUGACUGAUCUUAUUCAUAUUGGUUAUGCCUUUUUUUUUUAUCACUUAAAGAAUCGUUUUGACACAGCAUGAGGUUCUUUUAUCUUCUUCAUUAAUGGGAUUUGGCGUAAUGAAUUCAUUUCUUCAUCUUUUGCUUGCAAAUGUAUCCUAUGUUUUUAGCUUUUUUUUGACAAAAUAAUAGUGCUUAUUAUCAAUGCAUAUAUAACAUAAAAGAAUAGAAAAGAUGAUUGUAGCUGUCCAUAAUAAUCAAAGUUUUAGGGCCAUAGCCUUCCACUAACUAGUGGAAGAUGA